AUGGAGUCCAUGGUCAAAGAAUGGACGGUAUUCCUUGACCGAUGCUUGAAUCAGCGCGUGCAGACCGACUUGUUCGAUACUGCAACUGCACAACUGUACCGGAAGUCGCCUCUGCCCGGACGCAAGCUCGCUGCACUUCUUUUGAAGCCCCGGUCUCCAAAUGCGAGCAGUGUGGACCCCCGCGUGAUCAUCUAUCUCGAGCGCCUACUAGCGCUGAAGAAGGUCGACGCGUCAGACGCCCUGUCAGCAACGUUCUACUAUUCCAAGGACCGACUGCACAAGACUGGUGACGACUCGUUAGAAAAACCGCCAAGAUGGUGCAACUCGCCCGAGCUGGAGGAGCUUGUGUGCCAUCGCCUUCAGAGAGCAUUUGCCGCCGAGGAGCGCCCUGUGAAUAACACAGAAGGGCUGCAAACGCUGAUGGUCGUCACGAGAUGGAUGCAGGCUAUGGUGACUUCUCACACCAGCAACACCAUGAUGCAGGUCAUGACAGGUAUCUCACAGCAUCCACAGCAGCACUCUAUCAAUGUUCGUGAAGCCUUGGGCGUGCUUGUUGUUGGCCUCAUUGAAAAUUCGAAGAUCCUGAUGAUCCUGAACCACUCCACAGCAAAAGAUCUACGCAAGCGUUUGGCCCAAUCGCUGGCAUCGUUCGUACCGUUUUUGUCUCAUAACUCCCUGGGCUCACAAUCGUCACUGGAGAUUGCCAAUAGACUGGAGAUGUCGCAGAAGCAACACGACCUCUACGAAAAGCCAGCGACAAUCGACGGUAUGCAAAGCGAGAACACAAACCUCGAGGUGGCUGCCCUGCAACUCGAUGCGGUCAUGGACCUGCCACUGGUAUCCACAAGAGCUGGUCUCUACGUAUUCUUCAAUUCAUUGCUUGUUGCUCGUCCGCUUACAGAUGAAUUUACCAUCAUCAACUAUUUGCAUUCAAAAUACAAGAUCGAGCCCCAAAACAUGGCAACAGACCUGGUCACCGCUUCUUUCGAUAUCCUUGCGAAUGCGAUGUACCGCAGCGAGCCGAUGUCAACUAUGUUUUGCCUUAAAUCGUUCUUGAUAAACAAGGUCCCUGUACUGCUGUCGCAGCUUUCGGGAUCGAUCUUCCCAUUGACACCGGAGAUCAGCAUCUCACAAGCCCUCAGCCACAUUGAUCCUAAUGCUUUCCCGGCGUUUUCGCAGGGGUUCGAUGACAUCAUGGGCGGCAACAGCUCGCUCUCUGAUGUGAGGCAGGACUUCUUGAAUGCUUGUGCUUUGCACGGACACAUCACUACCGGCACUGUCGAGCGACUUCUUGGAGAACAUCCAGUCCAGGGCCCACCAGCGAACAGAUACGAGAAGAAAGCACUGCUGGACCAGUGUAAGAAUAAUUUCGAUAAAGUCAACGCCUACAUUGACGAGAUGGAGAAUCUUGACGGCAACGCGGGCGCCAUUGUUGGUGCUGUCACUGAGUUCAUUGCGCAUCUCUGUGAGACUCAAGUCACGAUGCACUUGAAGCAAAUCUGUAAUCUUCUGUCGAAGAAGCCGCAGUGUCUGGACGUGAUGUUGCAAUUCACAUCGCCAGCAAGCAUCCUGCGUCCUCUUUGCGAAUUCCUCGACGACUGGCACUACGACAAUGACCAAGGAGAAUACCAACCCGUGUACGACGAGUUCGGGGCGAUUCUUGUCCUGAUCAUGGCUUUUGUAUACCGCUAUGAUCUCUCGCAUGCUGAUAUUGGAAUCAGUCAGGAAUCGUUCAUUGCGCGACUGAUCCAGUACGGCAGCCACAGCAUUGCCCCAGACGAUCUGACAGACGACCAGGGUAAACACCUAGCCGGCUGGCUGAAGGGACUCUACGAUUCUGGAAACGAAGGGCUCAGCAACGAUGUGUUUGCUUCAUGUCGCCCGCAGGACUUCUACCUGAUAGUGCCGACGUUCUUCAGUCAGACCGUCAUGGCGUGUUCGGCUGGUGUCUUGUCACACGAGACUGUGAAAGCCGGACUGGAAUAUCUCGGGGAGACAUUCCUGUUGCCUUCGCUGAUUGGAGGAUUAAGCUGGAUGGCCAGCCAUGCUCUCAAACAAACGCACAACGAUCUCGACGCCAUGAUGAAGAUCUUCCACGAUGCGAUCCUCACAAUGCCCUCAAGUGGAGACGCACAAGCCAUGCACUCCACGAUCAUCGCGAUGGUAUCGAGCCGUCUGGAGAAGUGCUUUCGCACGCUGCAGCGACGCGACACGACUCGAACCAACAUCGAGCCUCUGUUGCAGGCUAUCAAACCUAACGCCCACUACGAUCGCUCGGUGUAUGCCUCGAUCCGGGAGCUGGAGCAGUGGACAAACGCACCAAACAGCACUCUGAACACAGCCCUACGGCACACGGUGCAGCAACUGGCACAGUGGGCCUCUACUGCCGCCAUCAACCCGAAUCCGCCAAGCUACACGCAUCGCCAGAUAUACGCGUCGUGCAGCACGCUUGGUGUGUACCAGACCGUGCGUGCAAUCAUAGACGAAGUCAGAGCACAGACGGAGGCUGGCAACGGCGCAGCUGCGUUGGAUAUUGGUGUGUCGAUCAUCUGCGCGCCGACCGUUGAAGACAGCCCCAUACCGGUGGACUGGAUAGGGAGCUCAAUCCCUGCGCCGGCGCCGGCACGCAGCGGGAUGAACCUGCGCGAGAUGCUGAAGCACGUGUUCGACAACGCCGCGCCUCUGGUCGCGACAGAUCCUUCGAGUGCAGAAGCAAUCGCGCGCCUGCACCGACGCGUGGAGGCACAGCUCGCAUCGAUCGGCCAAGGAAGCCUUCAACCGCCGGUUCUAACACUCCCCAACGUGAGCAUCAACGACAUGCAAGCGCAGACAAUCAACGACGACAUCAGCAAAGCCAUGGAGGACGCGGCGAAUGCGUCUCUCACUAACGAUCUCGACCUGCAGAGCAUGGACAAGAAGGCGCUGGAGCAGAGCAUGGAAGACCUGGCCGGCACAGGAGGGCUGGAUCUGUCGAGCAUGGGCAUGGAUGCUGGCGACGACCUGGCUGGCGACCUGACUGGCGAGAUGAACGCCAACCUGGGCAGCCUCCCAGACCUCGACCUGAGCGACAUGAACAGCAUGGGCAUGGACAUGGACAUGAACAUGGGAGGGGGCGGUGACGACGACUGGGGGCUGGACUUUGACAACAUGUAG